AUGAGUAUCAUGACUGAGAAGUCAGAUUUCAUUCCAGGAAUUCCUUUACAUCUCUUCAUUAUAUGUUCUCCCUAUCAUUUGGAUACCAAAAUUAGACAAUAUGAACAAAAAGGAUGCGGAGUGCAAGGUCAGGAGUGUGGUCGGCCGGGACAAGGAGAGAUGGACGGACAUACUGACGUACUCACGGAUAGUUCGGAGUACCAGAGAAAAUUAACACCAUUGUAG